AUGCCUCCUAAGAAGCGCGGGCACAACACGCGGGGCCGGGAUAAGAUCUUCCGCAAUGCAGUACAACAUGUGCAUGUUGGUGUAGGCCACGGUGUGCUGGGGGACAUCAACCUGCGUUCUGUAGCGGGGCCUGUGAGUCGUGCUGGCGAUGAUGACGUCGGCGACAAGGCGCACGAUGAGUGUGCUUUUUUGAUGGAGCUGAACGAGUUGAUGCUCUCCCACUCCACGACGGACUUCAGGCGGUUUCGGUGGGAGGUACUGGAGCUUUGUGAGUCCAAGGCCCUCUUUCGCCUCAACCACCGCAAGAUUGCGGAGAAGCUUCUGCUGUGUCUCAUGCGCCGUGACAAGUUUGCGGAGGGAUUUGAGGCGUUUGUGCGACUGACCGUAGUCUUUGCACGCGACAUGCGGGAGAAGUUCUUGGCCUACUUUGAGUGCUUCCAUCAGGCCAUCAACGGGGGGAUCUUCGACGCCAAGGGGGAGAUGCUGGCAGACACCCGACGUCUGCAACUCGUCUUUGCUGCGCAGGUCGCGUGGUGUCGGGAGAUGCGUCCUUACUGGCUACUGCUGGAACAGCGGAAACUUGUGGAGCGCGUCAUUCGCCUCUACGUGCGACAGAUGCAUGACACGAAGGAGUACAUUCGACGACUCUCCGCGGAGGUGUUGGCGUCGCUCUGCCGCAUGGCGCAGGACCUGGUCCCGCUUGUCGUGCAGGAGGCCUGCCUGGACGUGGUGCAGGACUUCGAGACGUACUGCAACGCCACAGCGCACAGUAGCGCGGCCCCCACUGCGGGCACCGACGAUGGAGAAGAGGAGGACAAUGACAACGACGGAAGCAACUUCGAUGAGGAUUCCGCAGCAGCGCUCCAGCCAGGAGGUCCCACCGUUGUUUCCCCGUCACUGCUUCAGGCAUACGAGCAAAAUCGUCUUGCGUUGCUGCCUGUUGUGGAUGGUUUGUGCUUUCUCGCUGCGGAGAUGUUUCGUGGAAUUCGUGGGUCCCUUAGCACAAACUUUGAAAACAACUACGCGCUACUCGUUUACGUGUUCGGGCUUUCGCGGCGGCCACAAUUUUCCGGCACGUACUGCGCUGGAGAUGGCACAAAUGAGGAGGAUAUGUUUGGCUUUACGGAGGAGGACGCACGACGCUUCGUGCACGCCUCGCGGUGGGCGGAAACGUUUACGGGCCCUCAAUGUGAGCAGAACGCAGGCCGGUGUGAGAAGAGCCCCACAGCAGGCGACACACAACAGGCUCGACAACGCGGUGAGGUGCUACGAGAACUCGUUCAGAUGACAGGCGGCGUCGCCAUCGGUACGGCACUGCGCACGGUGGCGGAAGAGACAGUCAAUUCCCCCUCUGGCACCGCUACUGCGGAGGAAACGCAGCUGCAGGGUGUGCAGGCCCCGUUACUGCGGCUACUCAAAGCGGUGGCGGCGCUCCUAGAGUUUUCGCUGCCGCACACGCGUCUGUUGCAGUCCCUCCUGCACGCCACGGACUAUAAACUUCUUCGCGACCCGUCGGCUACGGUGACACUGCGGCAGACAUCGGAGAUGCUCCUGGAACACAUGCGGCAGCGGAUGCAGCAGGUCUCAGCAUGUGUGACAGGAACCGGGGCGAGGGAGGAGUGGAGCCGUUUUGUGCGUACCUGCGGUGGUGUACUGGAGGUGUUGACGCCUUUGUGCGUGGGCGCAACGGGUUUGACCUCCCAUGCGAGAAAGUUGCAAGGCCUCUUCUCGCCACUUGCCCACGAGGUUGUGGCGACCUGCGUGUCCGUUUCGUGUCGCACCAACAAUGCUGCCUGUGACGAUUCAGAUGCAGGUUGGCAAGAAUUUCAGCGCGCAACCAAAUUGAUGCUGUUCGCGUUUAUGCAAGAUGUUCUGCAGAAAAACUACACCUUUUGCCUGCGGGACGAGCGUCGGUUAAGUGAGGGUGAGGCGGCACCACGUAGCAAAGGGCAUGUAGUGAACUCGCACCUGUCUACAUUUGCGUUGGCUCUUCUGGUCCCUGUGCUGUAUGCUGCAUGUGUGGACGCAAACGCGGCGCUGGAUCAUCUUCGCGGCAACUGGGCGACGCUAAACAGCGAAACAUGCGCCGCUGCGAUGUGUAAGGUGACGCGUGCGGCGAUGAUGACCCGUAUGAUGUGUGAUCGCGCCACACACCUGGUGCCCAGUCCACUCUACUUGGCAUUGACCACCACCGUAUCCCCCUCCGCAGAGGCUGCCGUCUCCUCCCUCACGGAUCGGGAUGCCUUGAGCAGCGGCCUGCAGACUUUCCUGCAUGGCGUCUUGGCGAUGUUUGCAAAGACACUGGGAGAAUUGGACGAGAAAGCACGGUAUUAUGCAUCCAGGUGGGCAGAUGUGGUGUCGGCCAUUCUCCCGAUUGUACUGACCGUGGUGGAUGCAGAGAAGGCGGUGACGGUGGAUACAAGUCGCACCGUUGCCCUUGGAGCCUCCUCCUUUGCGUGGCACUUCCGCGAGGCGCUGCUACAGGUGAUGCGCAGUGUCAAGGAUACCAUAUAUAGUAACAAUAGUAAUAGUAAUGUUAAGGAUAACAAUAAAGAAAGAGGGGCAACGCUACUGACACAGCCUACUGCCGCCUCCUACGCCUUGUUUGCGCAGGCGUCGACACUGCUGGUCCAGCUGGACACAAUAACAGGUGUGCUGGACGCGGAGAGCACGCAGGUGGAAUGUGUGGGUUUUCUACAGGACGCUGUCAUGGUCCUCGCCGCGAGUUUUCAAAGCAGGCAUGUGAAGGAGCUGAAUGACGAGGAAACAGGACGUCUUCUUCAUGGAAUGGAAUGCCUGCUGAUGUCAUUGCUGCGUCUCUUUGGAUUUGAGCUGGAGUGUGGUACGGAGGUCGCUGUCAGUGCGUCGAAGCAGCAGCAGCAGCAGAAACGCAGCAGAAAUUCAACUGAGACAUCCGAGCAAGCAUUACUUACCGCCAUAUCGAGGCUUCACGUGGCACUGGAUACUGCAACACAGCGGGCGCUGGUGGAGACGCUACUUCUUGAGGCACUUGCGUCUCCGGUCCACUCUUUGCGUGUUGUGGCUCUUCGUCUGCUGCGGCUGCUCUGUCAUCCAGGCGUGCCGGAGGCAGAGCGAACUGCGGGUUGCUGCACCAUUGACCUCUCCUUCUUUGACGCCUUGUUGGAUGCGGAGCUGUUUGACCCCCUGUCGGCGGCGGGAAACCUCGACGGUGUGCGUCAGGCGUUGGCGAAGUUGACGUUUGCGGCGGCUGCGGGGACACUGCGGAAUCCGCUUCAACGAGUUAUUUUGGGGCAUGCCAUGGUUGGCCUGCUGCACACACGAUUUGCGGAAGCGUGGCCGGUUGCGUUGAAGAUGCUUGCGGACCUGGUGCGCAUGGAGGACACAUCCGCGCAGCUGCUGCUGCCGCCCCAGCACCGACACGGCGUGGAGGUCUCAGACGGGAGUGUCUGCCUCGCCGGUGGUCAUGCCCCUUCGUUUUCCUCCUCUCCCUCCUCCGCGGCAGCUACGGCGUUGACAAAGUUGGAGCCGUUGGUGUGGCGGGGAGUUAUCUGCCGUUACGCCCGGGCGGUGGUGUUUGGGGACAUUUUGCGCGAGGCCGCAGCGGGAGAUUUCAAUGAUGCGGCGGACGACGACCACGACGACGUUGGUGGUGACGCACGCGUGCGUGGCAAGGCCACAGUGUGGUAUCGUAUUUGCCUCACGGACGUGCAGCGCCACGAGAAGGGCGAGCUUGUGAGCAAAGAGUUCGCCACCGCCCGCUCCGCGGCCGCCGCAGUGACGCUGCUGCAGCUGGUCAACACCGACGGCGAGGUGCUUUCGUGGCGGCGCCACUACUUGCCCUCAGCGUCACCGACACACACACACGGGGCACGCACGACGGACCGCGCGGUGUUGGCCAAGACUUUUUUGUCCGGACUCUCAGAAAUGACGCGUGGUGGGGCGGCUGGCGAGGGGCGGGUCGAACUUGUAGCGGGGCUGGUGCUUGAGCUGGCGGCGGUGCGCCGUGGGGAGCACCCGGAUGGGCUGCGGCAACUCAAAAUGUUGGACGACCGCCUUGUGCUGGCGAUGAACGCCUGCAAUGUGACACCCAUCGCAUCCUCCGCCGCCGUCACCGCCUCGCAGGAGCGGGUGCUGGCGGACGUCCAGAAACGCCUGGUGGCUCGCAACGAGAAGCUGCAGACGAUUUGUAUCGGAUUUCUGUCUGACGCGAACAACAAGCUGCAGCGGGCUGCCAUAGAUAUGCUUCAGCGACUCAAGGUCUGUCCCUUCUCGCGCCACCAUGCCCAGCUGAUUCCAUACUGUGACACGCAGAAGAACCUCUUUCACUUCUUGUCCACCUUUCAUGUGGAGACGGAUAUUCCAGAGGAGGACAAAGCCGAUUACAUUGCCACGGCCAUCGCUAUCGUGCUGCCAAAGCUUACGAUAAAAGUCUCGAAGGAGAAGUUAAAGGACCAGGCGAUUCUGCGGCGUCGUGUCCUGGCGAUGGUGACACACCUCUCAACAGGUGGAGGGUUUUCUAGCGUGCUGGAGGGACUUGUACAGAGGUUGAUCUUUGAACGCGUCAUGCCAAGCGGUGGGAAGGAGUCGACCGCCGUGCGAUUCCCAGAGAUGUGGACAGAGUGGGUGCAGACCAACAGUCACUGUGCGCGACGACUGGAGCGUCUUGUGAAGCAGCUGCUGAACACAAUACAGCUGCUUAGUGCGCUACUGCAAUCGGUUGGCAAGGGAUUCGAGUCCUUUGCGGGGUCGUGCAUGCACCUCGUCCUCAAUGCCUACCUCAUCAGCUGUAAGCAAAUUUUGCAGGCACCGUGCGGCACCGAGAAGAUGUCUGACGACGAAACACAUCGGCGUGUGCAUGGUGCAUUGGGGUCAUCGACGCUAAAUGCGCUUUUGCCACGGCUGCGUCGCGCGGCUGCAGUCAUGGUGUCAUCCCUGUUUGAACAGUUUCCCGCGGAGGCCAUGGCAGCGCUGCGGAAGGAUCUCGUUGAGGUUUCCGCCGGAGACGUCGCACAGAGCCUCAUCGGUCGAUAUGUCGCAAUGCUCCACGCAAACAGCAGCGGUGCCAUACCCGAGUUGAUGAGUACCCAAGGCUCUGGUGAUGGUGCCAGGACAGGCGUUACCCCACUGUUGCGGCUUGUACGCGCGUGGGUCGACUCCCCGUUAACGAUGCCGCUAAUUGGCACCUUUGGGGACACCGUGACGGCCAUGUUUGUGCAGGUCUUUGCGUACGCAGCGGCGAGUUCUGGUAUGACACGCCCCCCGGCAAACGCCGGUGGGGCGGUGCCUCCCGCAGUGUCCACCGGCUCCCGUGUGCAGCAGGCGGCGGUGCUCUCCGUGAAUGAGGGGCUUCGUUGCGUGGGUAUCAUUCUCGCCUCCAGUGAGGAGCCAUUUGACAUGUUUGGUGCCCCUGGCUUGACCACGCUACAGGAGGCUUACGUCAAGCCGCACGCGAUGACGAUUUUUGCGUCGCUGUAUCAGCUGAUUCUUCGGGGUGGUGGCGCCUCCGCGGCUGCAGCGCCGGCGUCUGCAGGCGACGGUCGCUCGGGUGGCGCAAGCAGGCAACCGAAGCUUUCCGCUCCGGUGAUGGCCUUCAGUGUGUCGAUGUGGAAACAAAUGAUUGCGACGGUCACCGCACUUUCCGAGUACGUUGUUGCGACUGACGCCAGUGGCAGUGAGGCAGCCGUCGGUGGCGUGGACGCCAUGCUCGCACGGCUGCUGGAGAUGUGCAUCGCCUUUGUGGCACAUCCCGCCUCUGCCAAGGACAGACAGACGUGCAUCACAGCCACCAGCAUGCUGGAGCGCCUACUCCCCCGCAUGCGACACGUGGAACUUGUGGGACACUUUGAGCCGCUUGUUCGUUUGUUUAACGCCGUGACAUGCCCUGAGGCGCGCCUGUUGCUCUGCCGCUCCCUGACGCUGGCGUUUCCACGGCUGGUGUACUCUGUGGACUCCAACUACUGUGGUGACAACGUGCGACGGGGUUCUGCUACUCACGUGGCACAAGUGGCAGCUGUUGGGCGUGCGGUGGCCUGCCUCAACGGAUUUGCGGAGGACAACACGGAUUUGGAGCGGUACGACUUUGAGCUUCGCUUUCACACCUUCCGCUCACUGCGGCAGUUCUUUGCGAAUAACGGCAACUACCGGACGCUCCCUGCCAAACGGCAACAUUGUACAGGGGAGGAGGUAUCCUCCACGUCCCCUGCAGGGGGCAAGCAGGAGGUGCGGCAGGAGCGUGACUACAGCGGCGCCGCAGAUGUGACGAUGCCGCUGGAUAAAACUGAGGCUCCUGUCUUGUGCGUCGAGGCCUUCCUUGCACUGACAGCAAAUGCGAUGUUUUUCCUGCGUGACUCGGAGGGGACAAUACGUGUCUUGGCCGCCCAGCUCCUGGACGCGAUGGUGUUGUAUGCGUCAAGGCAGAAGGAACGCGCAGCGUCCUACGACACGCUGAUUCUUGAGCGUGUGAUACGACGUGAAAUUUUGCCUUCCCUGCGGCGAGGCAUCGCCUCACGCGAUGCGCACAUCCGCCUUGCACACAUGCAAAGCUUCAGUUGCCUGGCGCAGUAUUAUCCUGUGGCGUUCCCUUCCUUUGCAGCACUGCAUUCCCGCAGUGUGGAGCGGUGCUUCUUUGCAAAUGUGGGUCACCUUCAGCAUCGGUGUCGGGUGAGGGCGCUAGAGCUGUUGCGACAGAGCGUGGGACGUCUGCUACCGCGGGAUGUGAUUCGCGUCUUUGUGCCGUUUCUGCUGGUGGCAGUGAAGGACUUUGCACAGGGGAAGCGGGAUCUACAGAAUCUCACGGAGGGGCGCGCAAAAGGGUACUGUGACGCCGUCUUGACAACCGUGGCGGCCUUGGCGGCAGCGCUGCCGUGGGAAGGGUAUUACCGAGUACUGAGUUUGUUUCUACAGAAUGCCCGUGAGAACCCUUCCCUGCGACUGCCGAUGCUUCGCGGUGUGGUGAUGCUGCUCGAUCACUUCCACUUUUUGAACGACGCAGACGCAGACGCGGAGGGGCCGAACAAGGAGGGCGGCAGUGGGACAACGGAGUCGGCGCGUGACGCAGGCAGCAGCCACCGUAAGAGAGACACCGCCGGCGCUUCUGCGGAGGUCAACGACAACAACGACGAGGGGGACGAGGAAGACGAUGAUGAAGAGGAGGAGGAUGAGGCUGCCGCUGCGCUACGUGCACGGCGUCGCAAGUACCGUCGCGCGCGUGUCGUUCACGUGAUGGAGGAUGACGUUCUUCCGCAGCUGUAUGAGUUCCUCGGCAAUGGCUCGCGCAAAGGUGCCCGCCCCGCUGACGCCGAACUGCGUGGCAACAUCCACACUGCCGCGAGUGUGCGGCAGGAGAUGCGGAAGGCUGACAACGCGCAGCAGAACACGGCCAUUCUGCAGCUGCCCGUGGCCAUUGCCAUCACAAAAAUUGUCAAGCGCUUCCCACCGGAGCGUUUCUCGCUGCACGCAGAGCACCUCCUUGACGAGGUGGUGUUGAAGCUGCGCACGAAGAGCGACAAGCACCGGGAGAGCGCGCGCCGCAUUCUCAGUGCGAUGCUGUGUGAGACCGGGCCUGGGAAGCUUGAGUUUGUCAUCACGAAACUGCGGGAUCACCUUGUGCACGGCUACCAGCUGCACGUGCUUGGCUACACCAUCGUGACACUCCUCUACAACCUUUAUGAGCCCAAGCAUGUUAUCUCGUACAGGCGGAAGAAGCAGGUGGCGGGGGCGGAAAGCGCGGCAACGGCUCAGGGGGCACUGGGGAUACCCGCGGGUGCCGCGCACCCACCACGUGACGACGACGACGAUGACGAAGACGAGGCAAAAAAGGAACGGCGGAAAAACGAGAACGUGGAGGACAACGAGGAUGCGGAGGCGGCAGCAGAAGAGGAGCUUGUGCGUCAACUGGCUCCUGUAUCCACCAACUUUGAUCGGGACUACGGAGUGGCGUGUUUGACGUCGUGCCUGGAUAACCUGAUGGGCAUUCUCCUCGACGACUACCUCGGUGAGGUGGGCGAGCAGAAGGGGCAGGUGGAGCUUAUGAGCACCAUGGUGGAGGUGAAGCAGAACCGCGCGCUGCAGGGAUUUACGCUCCUUGCCUCCCACUGCGAGGCAAGUCGCGUGAUUGAGGUCUUCCUGCAAAAGAUUACGUGGCUUCUGACGCCCCCAAGCACGGCAGCGGCGGUGGAUGUCAGUGCCCUGCGUGGGAGCGCCCGCGCCGCCGCCAUGCUGGUACAGGAGCUGAGGACGAAGUACAGCACCGUGAGCAAGAACGCCGCCGCCGACUUUGAGUUUGUCCAAAAGGUUCGACUGCUGGCCGUCCGCGUCGCGCGCGCGCUGCUAAAAAAUGCGACGAUGCAAGUGGAGUCCUCCUUCCUCACCGUGCGAAACCUGCUGCAGCGCCAUAAUGAGGUGCGGGAGGAGAAAAUUAAGGCCUUCGAGGCGAAGGAUGGUACCCGCCGCAUUCGCGGUAACCUACACAUGACGAUUCAACGCGCCCCGACGGAGACUCGCAAGGACCAGCUCAACGCCAACUUCCUUGUGGAGCCGCGCCCGGAGCGGGUGGAUCUGGACUUUAGCGUCCAUACAGUGCUUGCGACGCAGCAGCGGCAGAAACUUCGCGCCUACCGUGGCCGCUACGGGAAGGAGAUGCAGCAGGCCGCGAAGAACUUUUACCGUGAGGACCCAGCCACGGCAGUGGUGCUUGACACGCUCGACGAGUUUUUGCUCAAGUACUUGUUGAGUGUACUGAAGCAGGUGCUGGGUAUUGGGAAGGGGCGGAAGUGCACUACGGCAGCCGUUCGCCUCGACCUGCUUCGCUCCCAAAAGAAGCGGCAGCAGGAGGGCAGGAGCCACGGCACUGAGGACGAGGACGAGGAGGAAAAUGUGGAUGAUGACGGUGGUGGCGUGCCAAGCGAAACGGAGGCGGGUGGUGAAAGUAGUAGUGAAGAGGAAGUGGAAGAGGAGAAUGCGAGUGUGCUUUUGGAGCCACAGCCGCUGGAUGAUGAAACUGGGGAUGCGUUGGACCGUUUUGCCACCGCAGCACAGCAGGAGGAGGAGGAGGCUCACGAUGAGAAUAACGACACUAAUAAUCAGGCGGAGGCGUCUGAACACUCCCACAUGACAACAACAAGGCAGAAACAUCGGAGGCAGGAAGUGGAGAGGCGUAGUAAGAAGCAUCAGCCCAUGGCGGACUUAACGUCCUCCUUUACGCGUCAGCAUCAACAGCUGUUGGAAAGCUUAGUCCCCAUCGUCCUCACAACUCUGCAGGGCGAGGGAAGUGACGCGGUGGUGGGGCAUGCGCUUGACUGCAUGUUGGCCCUCGUUUCCCUGCGACCCCCGUUGCAGGCGGUAGGGACACUCCACACCGCACUGUACGACACCGUCACCGCCUUCUUUGAGCGGGGUGGGGCAAUUAAGCAGCGCGCGAUGCGCGUGGCGGCAGCGGUGGUGGCGCACCAGCGGUUUGUACUGGCCGAAGAACAGGCCUCGCAGCUGCUACGUUUGUGUCGUGCCGAGCUUGUCGAUCGCGGUGAGUAUCUCCCCAUGGCGUUAGCCCUGUUUCAUGCGGUGCUCGGCAAACACAUACACGUUGUAGAGGUGUACGAACUGAUUGGGGUGGUGACAGAGCUGAUGAUGCACACCAGUGCGAAGCGGUUACUGCGGCAACGCUGCAUCGCUGUGCUCGCGCGUUUUCUGACGGAGUACCGCAUCACCCCAGAGAAGUUCCGCUCCCACAUUGACCUUCUUUGUCGGAACCUUGACUACCCCGAGGUGACAGGCCGCAUUGCGAUCCUCGAGCUGCUUGGUGUGCUUGUCUACCGCCUACCAACCAGCAUCCUUCGACAAGAGGCACCGCUGCUGCUUAUGCCGCUCACCGUCACCCUUGCCGCCACCGAGUUUUACGAGGCGCGACGGAAGGCUGGGGAUGUCCUGCAGAGUUUAGUUAAAAACGCCGGUUUGGAUGUGGUGGUGCCCACACUCUCGCAGUGGCUUGCGGCAGACCAGGUGCGCCCCCGCAAGGCCAUGGCACUGCAGGCGUGGGCUGUGAUGAUUCCCGCCGUGGGUGCCUUGUACGACAUGAGCGUCGAGGAGGACGCACAGGAGUUUCAGUCGUGUUGGUCCUGGUCGCUUCAAGCGCUGCAGGAGGCGGCAACGUUUGAUCAGGUAGCGACAUUUGGCACGAAACGCAAACGUGAGGAACUCACCGCGGAUUUGAAACGUAAGUUGGAGCUCAAGAGUUGGACUUAUAUCUUCUUUGGCCUCCGCUGCCUGGAAGGCAUUGCGACGGUGGCCCCUGCGCAGGUGUGGCAGAAUAUACCCCUCGCCCGCCGUGUUGUGUCGUGCCUCGCGGACCGUCUUGUGCUGCACGUUCACCCGUGGAUUCAGUCGGUGGCCUUGCGUCUGCUGCGGAUGUACUGCCACGACGUGGUGGAGCUGCGGUGCGGGUACCUGCGUGCGACGGACUGGGUGGCUGAGGGGCGUCUUGUGGCCGUCUCCAGGAAGAAUUCCGCGUCUCCCUCGCAGAAGAAGAGGAACGGCGAGGGUGAACGCGCCAAGGUCAAGCUCCAGACCGCCACCCUACAGACCCCCAUGUUUGCGCAAAGCCAGGAUGAUAGUGACAAUGGAUCCACCCCCUACGUGGUUUGCCUUCAUGACUCACUGGGCCAGCCGGACACCGUCCAACGAGCGCUGGAGGUGUUGGAUGAAAUGGCCACCGCGAUGCGAGCACUGCUGCAGUGCAUCGCGCUUUCUGAUGUGCCAAAUGAGAAGUACAGUGCCCACCGCGCGAUGCAGCAACCUUCAAGGACCGAUGUGGUGAGCCUAGCGUUGUACUUCUCUCGUGCAAUGAUGCUUGUGAGCGUUGUGCUGCUCAACAUGGCGGUCUCUCGCGCUGGUGCGGGGGCGUCGUCGGUGCAGGAUACCAUUGCGCAGCACUUUGCCUCCCUGCGCCACCAGCUCCAUGCGCUGGUGAGGCCUGUCAUCAAGCAUGGCAGCGUCGCCAACGUGAUGGUGCGCACUGCGUCUCUCGUGCAGUACUUUGGCGGCUUCCUCGCCGCUCUGCCCACCGACACGAAGGCGGAGGAUGCCAACUGCACUGCCGCGGCGGAGGAGGCGGGCGAGCAGGAGACCAAUGCGCAUGACGGGACUUUGGCAUCUCGCGAGGCCGCCGUUGCUCAUCGCCCCAUGACGCAGGCACUCUGCUGGCUUGCGGGCCAUGCCAUUGGGUUGCGCUUUGUGCGGGACACGAUCGUGCCCACACUUACCGUGGCGACGCGCUGUGGGGAUCGGUCGGAGAAGCUGAGUGUGAUGGCGACGCAGGCCUUGACGAUGCUGCGGGAGCAGUUGGAGACCCACCGCACCCACUUUGACGCGGAGAUCAAGGUACCACUAUCACCAGCAGCGGCAGCGACGAAGCGGACCCGCCUGGAGAAAAAUAGACGGCGGGGAAAAGAAACUGAGGUGCAGGAAAAGCAGGCGGCGCCCACCGCCGAUGAUGAUGAUGCGGGGGACGGCGCACCGACGGUGGAUGAUGUUCUCUUUGCGUUAACAGCAGAAACAACCGCCGUGCGGACCAUGCGGAAGGACAAGACAACACGGCGGGAAACCCUACAAACCCUCCGCAAGCGUCGCCGCAGCAGCGGCGGUGAUACUGCGGCCCGCAACCAACAGGAGGCGCCCCAGCGGAGGCGCCCCUCGCGUGGGUGA